AUGGCGGAUACUAUCAACCCAAUGGAUACCCUCCCAACCUCCCCAUGUCCCGAGAUGUACACAGUUUCUCCCGCGGAUACAUCAUUAGACUCUCCGGAGCCGGAAGAUGACAUUAAGGAAGAAGAUGAUGAGAAGAAGCCAACAAAGAAGAGAAAGUCUUGGGGACAAGAACUCCCAACCCCCAAAACCAAUCUCCCUCCCAGAAAACGCGCCAAAACAGAUGAUGAGAAGGAGCAGCGUCGGAUAGAACGGGUCCUUCGAAACCGUGCUGCUGCUCAAACAUCUCGCGAGCGCAAGCGCCUCGAAAUGGAGAAGCUGGAGACCGAAAAGAUCCGCAUGGAGCAACAGAACCAGUUCUUGAUCCAGCGUCUAUCGCAGAUGGAGUCGGAGAACAACCGCUUGAGCCAACAAGUGGCUAAGCUCUCCGCCGAGGUCCGUGGAUCUCGCAGCGUGACUCCCAAAGCCAGCUCCCCGGCCAUCGAAUCUCCUACCCUCACGCCUACCCUCUUCAAACAAGAAGGCGACGAACUCCCUAUGGAACGGAUUCCUUUCCCCACUCCAUCCGUCACCGACUACUCCCCCACCUUCACACCUUCCACUCUGGCUGAGGCCUCCGACGUGACACAACAUCCUGCAGCGGUGUUGUGUGACCUGCAGUGUCCGUCGCUGGCCUCGAAGGAUCUGGAAGCGCCCUUCCGCUCUUCGACCUCUCCGAACCUCAAACUGCACAUGAUGUUGCAGCUCCUCUUUCUGACGAUGACUUCCGCCGCCUGUUCCACGGUGAUUCACCCGCUGAGCCAAAUCCUUCUUUCCCUGAAGACGGGUUCGCCUUUGACGUUCUCGACGGCGGAGAUCUAUCAGCAUUUCCCUUUGAUUCUAUGGUUGAUUUCGACCCCGAGUCUGUCGUCCUCGAAGGUGUCCAACCGACCGGUCUUUCGGAUGAGACUUCUCACCAGACUACUAGCUUGCAGCCCAGCCUUGGCGCGUCCGCUUCGAGAUGCGACGGGCAGAGCAUUGCAGCUAGCGGUUAGUGAGACUUUCUCCCGACAGACCUGGUCGGCUGGCGCCUCCGAGGCUCGACCGAGUUGGGAGUCGUUAUUAACCAUGGCCUGGGCAAUCGAUAGUCUCAGCCUGUCUAAACGGCAGCAGCGGGGAAACACAAUGAAAUUUAGUCGGCAACGCAGUAAUGGAAAGAUGCAUCGAGGUACACGGAGUUUUCGGAGUUCCAGCGCGAGCAAAGCUCUUUCGUCUUUGCUCAUGGGCAAACAGCGCUGA